AUGACCAUCAAAGUUGCUUUAAUUACCGGUGGUGCCAGUGGCAUGGGCCUGGCCGUUGCCCGGAAACUGUCCGCUCGCGAAGACUGGGUUGUGAACAUCCUCGAUAUCAGUGAAAACGCCGGAACAAAAGUUGCUCAAGAGCUACCCCGAGUUACCUUCCAUAAGGCCAAUGUGACCAAAUAUGGAGAGCUGUGUGACGCCUUCCAAAAGUCUUUCUUAGACGGUGGUAACAGACUCGACUUUGUUUUUGCCAACGCCGGAGUGAUUGAACGUACGAACUUCUACGCCCCGCAACCCACUGAAUCGGUGGCACCACCGCCUGAGCCCGACCUCUUGCCGAUCGAUGCAGAUUUGAAGGGAGUGGUUCUCACCACUUGGCUGGCACAACACUAUUUCCGUCUGUCACCUCACAAAGGGCGUGACGCAAAUAUAGUGAUGACCGCCAGCUGUGGUGGGCUUUACCCCUCCUUCUACUCACCCCUAUACUCAGCAGCUAAGUUUGGAGUGGUUGGAUUCAUGCGCUCGAUAGCGGCCAACUUUCGUGCCAAUGGAAUGCGCGUCAAUGCCAUCUGCCCUGGCAUUGUACGCACUAAUCUUGUCGACGAGAAAGGAUGGGAUAGUUUCCCCCCGAACCGUUUCGUUAAGAUAGAGACUAUCGCCCAGACCGUUCUUCAUCUAGUAGAUGGUGGUAGCCCCGCAGGCCAAGGAUUAACCGACACAGUUGGUAAAUCGCUCGCUGCAUCCAAGCUAUAUGGACUCGCAGUGGAAAUCUCAGACACAGGUCUCUACUUCCGAGACCAGCAUGAUUUCUGUGACGAAGGAAUGCGCGAGGUCAUGGGAGCUACCGAGCUUGACAACCAAGUCGACGGUGUUCUAAAUGAGUAA